CCCAUCCCUAGAAGGUUCGGAAGGUUCGGCGCCAUGUCAUCCAAAGAACGUGCUGGAGGAGCAGAGCUGCCAAGCUACCUGAAGGUGGUCAAGCAGCUGGGACGUGGCGCCUAUGGGACCGUCUACCUUUGUGAGGACAAGAAAUCGGGUGAGCAGGUGGCUGUGAAGCAGGUGAAACAAGCGGCACGGCAUGGGAAAAGUAUGCUGCGGGAGAUCCGGCUGCUGGCACGCUUGCGCCACGAGAAUCUCCUGUUCCUUCUGGACUUUCCUGCUGUUUCAUCUCCAAACUUUGAGGAUAUCUAUCUCGUCCUGCCGUACCUGGCUGCGGAUCUCCACAAGAUUAUCCAGUCACAGCAGGCCCUGACCGAGAAGCAUGUGCAGGUCAUCUUGGUUCAGAUUUUACGAGCCAUGGAGUACCUCCAUGCCAGUGGCGUGGCUCAUCGCGAUUUGAAGCCGGCGAAUAUUCUGCUCUCCUCAGAUUGCAAGCUGAAGGUCUGUGACUUUGGGCUGGCCAGGGGAGGCCUCGGCGAGAGCGACGAGCCGGAAGAGGCGUGCGGCGUCUUGACGGAAUACGUGGUCACGCGCUGGUACCGAGCCCCUGAGGUAAUGUUGCUUCCAAAGCAAUAUUCGACAGCGGUGGACAUUUGGUCCGUUGGCUGUAUCCUUGGGGAGAUUCUGGGAAGGAAGGCGAUGUUUCCGGGCAAGAAUCACAUCGACAUGGUUUGCAUGGUGGCCAAGGUCCUUGGAAAUCCCACAGACUCUGAACUGAAUUGGCUUCCCAAGGAUACCGAUGCCUACAAAUUCCUCCGGAAGGUGUGUCCUCAAGGUUCUGGCGUGAACUUAAGUUCCACCUAUCCCCGGGCAUCGUCAGCAUGCUUGGACCUCCUCAAAGCCUUGCUGUGCUGGGAUCCCCAGGAAAGGCUCACAGCGUCUGACGCGCAGAAACACGAGUACGUGAAGCACUACUAUCCUCGUGAACCACCUCCUCCACCUGAGCCUUUUGACUGGACCUUCGACGGCUUCAAACCAACGACCAAGACCGUGCAGGCGAAGCUAUAUGAAGAGUGCGCGCGCUACCACCCGGAAAUCCGAGCACGAGAUGGCCUCUCUCCAAGCGGAGCCCCCGCAGGUGGCUAUCCGAUGAAAUCCGAGGCUCGCCCAGAUCGUUCCCCCAGGCAUUCUCAGAGAGACGCGACCCCGACGAAGAGCAAAUCUGAACGCUCAAUCACACCGGUGCGGGGUGCCCUCAACGGUCUCGCUCGUGCGGCCAUGCGCUUCCGCUCGACCACGCCACCGCCGAACACGGGGACGCCCCGGAGCGAGCGGCGCACCUCGCAGCCGGGCGUGCCCGAUGUGCGGAGCCGCUGAGGAAGGAGAUCCCAGUCGAUGGGUUUCCAGAUGGGGCACCAGGAGAUGGGAACUUCAUGGUGAAAGCUGAAAGAAGAUGAAGGAAUGGAGAGCAUUGAGUAUUUCAGAAGUGAAAGCUAGCUUUGCUGCCUCUUUCAUCCCUUUUGACCUCUUCGUGCCAAUUCCGGGACAACAGCUCCCAUGCAAGGAUGUGACGAAGGACAACACAACAAUUGAGGCGUGCGACAGUCUUCCAUUUUCUCAGUGAAAAUCUGUAGCAUGCUUGGAUUGCUAGUUGGUGGAGUAAUCUCCAGCGUGACGGGCCAUAUGCGAAGCACAUGUGCCCAGCGCCCUGCUAGUUGUUAGGUCACGGGCUACUACUUCCAUGCUUCUUCCACUUUUAAAUCCAGAUCUUCCGACCAUUCAUGCUGCAUGGGCACGGGCCCAC